AUGAGCAGUACACCAAGAAGGAAAUCUGACCUAUCGGAAGCAAGUCAGGAAAGUAAGAGGGCGAGUGAGUUCACCCUGGAUCAAGUGGAGAUUCAUUUGAAAACUCCGCACUAUCCAGAAUUGGAUAACAUUCAGUCUCGUACUGCGUAUCCGGGUACCGUAAGUUACAAGUUUAUGCUAACGGAUCGGUUACCCAAUGUGCCCAACCUGCUUAUCCAACUCAUCAAGCGGAUAGAUUCCGAGGUACCACCCUUGGUAAAGCUGUGUUAUGGACAGAACAAAGAUAGUCUCACCGAAUGUGACCGUAUUUUAACAACCCUGAUAGCCACCAAGAAAGACACGGAAUUAUGUGACACUAUAAUCAAUAGCUGCAGACUUUCUGAGGUCGCACACUUAAUUCAGCUGUUUUUCCUGCGCCUGGAAAACCCUCCGUUUGUAGCUCCUCCGUUAUUUUGCGAAACCGUUUGUGGAGGCGGAUUUUUCAUACAUCCCCGAAAAAUCGCACGCAAAGAAUCAUUGUGCUCCAGGGUAGCCAAAGUAACCCAAGAGUGCCUGGCUGGAUUGAAUAUUUAUCAACAAGCAACGGUUUCUUACUUUAUACAACGAUGCCAACGAUGGUGCCAGGCCGAAGUGGCCUACCAACUCAAACAAGAUUACACAAUCAGUGCAAACAAUACAUACACAGAAGCGAUACGGUUUUUGAGUAGGAUGUUUGCUGAUUGUUUUGUGGGGUUGCCACAAGCAUACGUGGCAGCAAGAACAAUGUCUGGCCACUGCCAACCAACGUUGGAAAUGAAGCGCGAGGUUUUUAUGACCUUAGUUGGAGCCGUCGGUUAUCAUAUUUGGCAUGGAAACUCGAUAGACACUUUGUACAUACCAGGUACACAGCAACCGGGGACGCUGUCGAAAAUUUACUCACGUCCAUCUUCGACUGAAACAUGUUUGGCCAAACACAGUAUGCACAAAGUCCGCUCAUUCAACUGGAUCUAA